ACUUAUACGGUGGUAUUCUAACUACCCUAAAAGAGUGUAAUACUCACUCCUUAAAAAAAGGUGGAACCCAAAUAUUCCAUCAGCUACAUUAACGUAAGAAUAGGAUUUUAAUUAAAUAAAAAGUCAAAUAAAAAACUAAAAUGAACGUAAAAACAAAUUAUAUAGCUCCUUAGUCUACUGCCAUUAUUAUUUAUUAUCUUCUUCUUCUCUUUAUUCCUUCACACAAUAAAUAAUUAUCAUAGCUUCUCUUUUGAAAUUCGGCAUCGACGUUGCAACUUUGGCCACUGGUUGUAGCUUGGGUUCUACUCAUUACUUGGAAUAGGAGACAUCAUGGAAGCUACUUCUCAAUCGACGCCAAUUGGUGGAAGAAAACAUCAAUGGACUUCCAUACAGGAUUCAAAGUUGGUGGAGUGUUUGGUAGACAUGUGUAACAGCGGAAAAUGGAAAGCUGAUAAUGGUACAUUCAAACCUGGAUAUUUGCAACAACUUGAAAAAAUGAUGAACGACAGAAUUCCAAAUUCUGGAAUUAAAGCACAACCACACAUUGACUCUCGUCUCAAGAUAUUGAAGAGACAAUAUACGGCAAUUUCUGAUAUGUUGGGACCUUCUGCUAGUGGUUUUGGUUGGAAUGAACAACUUAAGUGUGUGGUAGCUGACAAAAUUGUGUUUGAUGAAUGGGUCAAGGUUAGUUACUAUAGAAUAGAUGUACUUUAUUAAUUGUUUAAUUAAUUAUUCAUUAUUUUUUUAGUUUAAUAUUAUAUAAUUUUGUAGAGUCAUCCAACUGCAAAAGGAUUACUACAUAAGCCAUUUCCUUAUUAUGAUGAAUUGGCGAUUGUAUAUGGAAAGGAUCGUGCUACUGGAGAUGGUGCAAUGGGAUUCUCUGAAACACUAGAUGAAAUUGCAGAAGAGAUAAAUAAUGGCUGGAAUGAUGACUUUGAUCCUUUUGAUCCACUUGACGAGAUGAAUGCUAAUGCAAGUAUGAAUAGCAGUAUACCAUCAAGUCAAACAACUCGAAAGGCUAAGAGAAAAUCAAAUAAUGGGGAUCCAUUGGUUGAACUGCUUUCUAAGUCAGUGCAAGAAUUCAGUACUAUGCAAGCUUCUGCGAGUGAUUCUAUUAGAAAACUUGCUGAUUGUUUUCAACAUGAAGCUGAUGGUGCUGCUAGGAGAAUGAAAUUAUAUGAGGAAAUCAAAAAAGUUGAUGGCCUCACAAAUUCGCAGCGACUUAAAAUUGGAAAACUUCUGGUUUCAAAUCAACCCCACAUCGACUACUUCUUCACUUUAGAAGAAGAAUUUAAACUUGAUUUUCUCUUAGGGAUGUUAGAGUGAGUUUAAUAUUGUCCCAGUGUUGGAGUGAGUUUGAUUUCAGCUUAAUUUUUUUUAAUAAAAAAAUUU